GUGAUUCAGUUUGAGAGGAGAGAGCAAAAUCGCUCAAUUGUCGACAUUAAUUUUUGAAAAUUUCUUUUUAAAAAUUCCAACUUUAAUUUUUUCUUUAGUUUAAAUUAAGUUUAAAUAUUGUAGUAACGGUGGGUUUGUGUGGGAAGGGAGGGAUUGUUGGAGAGGGAGGUGUGUAGAAGGUUAUCGAACUACAGUUUACCAGGAAGUCUUGUUGCUGGCUGACUUGUGACUUGCUUGCUUAAAGUGUAGAUUUCAAACUUUUCGACACGUUUCUUCGAUAACGACACUACAUUCUCAACAAGAUGCACAAACUUAAAUCAACUCAACGCGAUAAGGUGAAACGAUUCAUUUCUUUCACCCAAACCAGUGAACAAACCGCAAUUUUCUGCCUUGCUCAACAUGACUGGAAAUUGGAGCUAGCGUCGGAUGCAUACUUUCAAAAUCCUGACAGUUAUUGGAGAGAAUCAUCUACGACGACAGCAAACACGACAAAUUCACAUAGUAGGAUGCAUCAUCAACAGCAACCUGCAGCUGAUAGGAAAAAGAUUGAGCAAUUGUUCAACAAGUAUCGUGAUCCCAAUGAGAACGACAAAAUAACAGCGGAGGGGACCUUGCGUCUUUUACAAGAUCUCAAACUCUCACCAGAUUCUCGACUGGUUUUGAUCAUGGUGUGGAAAAUGAAGGCAGCAACACAAUGUGAAUUUAGUAGAGAAGAAUUUCAAUGUGGGCUUAACGAUCUAGGUGUGGACUCAAUUGACAAAUUAAGGAAUAAAUUGGGCAUCGUAGAGCAAGACACGAUCAAGGAUCCCGUGAAAUUUAGAGAUUUAUACAUAUUUUCCUUCGCCUAUGCAAAAAAUCCGACUCAAAAAGGAAUGGAAUUGGAGAUGGCGAUUCCCUACUGGCACAUCCUGCUGCAUGGAAGAUUUCCACUAUUGAAGCUUUGGUCACAGUUCCUCACGGAACAACACAAAAGGUCAAUACCACGUGAUACUUGGGUCCUCUUGCUAGAUUUUUGUCAAACAAUUCAGUCUGAUUUAAGCAAUUAUGAUGAAGAGGGGGCCUGGCCAGUUUUGAUCGAUGACUUUGUCGAAUGGUGUCGUCCACGCAUUUCCUCCUCUAAAUCAAGUCAAGAACAAGUCAGUUCGUCUUAAUCGUACUUAAUAAUAAUUAAAUAAACAACUCGUCAAUGUAACAGCGUUGAUAGAGGUGUUGGUCAGAUCAGAUAACAUGCAUUUAGUUAUAGUAUAUUAACCUGCUACGAUUUGUAAUAUUGUAAUCGAGUAAGUGAAUUGAGACUCAUUUGAAUUAAAAAGUAAUUCAACUUUCCUUUUAUAUCAAAAUUACUAGUUAAUUAAACGAAAGUCAUAAUAAUAUUUCAUAAUCCGACUGACAGAAUUUCUCCUUUUCUGGUUACAAAUAUUACUUCUGCCGUGUAAGUAAUUCAUUCAAAAUGUACACUCUGAAGUUAUAAAAAAUUACCUCAGCUAAAACAAACUUGUUAAAGCGCUAAACCACACAAGCAGGGCUCGGUUUCAAAGACGCUAAUUUUAAAGUCGUUGGGGUACGUAAAUAUUCAACACGGCACAUAAAAAAGUAAUACUAUUGCGUCCCUGAUUAUGUAAACCAAGGAAAGUUCACAAGUUUUAAUCAGAUUUGAAUAGUACUGUAACUGUAAUACGACAUUGCAUUUUAAUGAAACAAGCUUUUGACUAUUUGCAAUAUUCAGUUUUAUCUGCAUUUCUAUAAACAGUCUUAACAGUCUUAUUUAAUUUUACCAGUUUAGUAGCGGUAAUUGAAGAUUAAGUAAUUCGUAGUUAUUAAGACGUAUCCUUAUCUGUUUAAACUAAAAUAUACAGUCGCAAUUUAUGUUGCGAAUAAUGUGAUGAGUGAUCUUAUGUAAUAUUUAACGUAUUCUACAUAGAUAAAUAAUUCAUUUGAGUUUACUAAUUAUUGUAAAUGCAGAAUAUUUUAUUUGUAAUAAUUAGUAAUUAGUCUUUGCGAGAAUGACUCUGUGACUUGAUUGAAUUGUCAGAAACUCUUUGCGUAGCUAAGAAAACUUAUUUAAGAACUGCAGUAAAAGCGCAAGUUGAAUGCAUUUUUACUUCGUAUGUGCUAAGCUAGCCAACAACAAAAUGUCAACGAUUUUACGAAUUUUAGGCCGAGAAUUUUUUAUGAGAUAUUAAUAAGUAAUACUUAGUAAACGAACCUGAUGAUGAUAAUUAUGUAAUUCUAUGUAUGUUCUUAUGCUAACAGCAGACGAGGCAGAAAGACAGACAGUUUAUAGGUAACGUGUGUAAUGAUGGACGAAGUAAUGAAAAAUAUUGUUAAGAAAGGAGAAGAAACGCAAUAAUAAAAUAAAAUCAUGCCAUGCAACUUGCAA